UAUAUAAGACAUGUUGACGUCCUUAUAUGUUUAUAGAGGUUUACGAUACUGGAAUAACCUUACAGGACUAAAUAGAUUCCAUACUCUUGGGCGAUUACAAUCCUUUCCACGGAAUAGUCGAAUUUGUGAUCAUGUUAACGAAACUUCUUUUAAUUUGACUGUCAUUGCAUCAUCGUCGCCAUGUUUGAAACGUUUUUACACCCCAACGCGUCAUAUUAAUUGGAUAGGGAUAAAGAAGCGAUGGCGGUGCGAAGAAAUAUUGAUGAAGAAACGAAAGCAUAAAUUUCACUCCAGGGUAGGUAUGCGUUUUCGUCUUACGCGUUUUGGCUGGGAACGUCUUCAAAAAGGUCGUAAAGGGAAUAAAUUACACCUGUCGAUUAAACAACGGCGAAACAAAAAGCGAAUUAGAUUUGUAUCGAGACAUGAUUUGGUAAAGUUAACACGCCAAAUGCCUAGUUACAGAUUUGUAAUACGCGAUCCAACCACGAACUACAACCCAAAUAGCCAGAUUUUACGUAAGAAAAUUAAUAGUUAUUUUGCAUAAACAAAUAUUUCAACUAAGCC